AUGUGCAUAUCCUACUUUAUCCGUCAUAUCUGCGACACCUGCGGCUACCUAAUCCGGGUACGCUCCAACGAGUUCGAAUGCAAAGACAACAAGUGCCGCACUUGGGAGACCUUCAAGGAUGAUCUCAAGAUCGAGGAGGAGGACUGCCCCAAGUGUAUCAGGAGGAGUCGAAAGAAGAAGACCCAAACAGAAGACGAGAACAUUUGUGACCUCGAAAAUCUCUUCGGGCAAACAAUACGCCCAAGCACAGCAAGACUUGACACUCGCCACGACAAGAACAACUUCACAGACAAUCUGCCAAACAUCACUCGAUAUUGA